AUGAGCUUCUCAGUAUCCCCAGCUUCAGGGGAGUCAGGGUCAAGUGUGGAAGUCAAAGCCCUGGCCUUGUUGGAAUCAGGAAUUGAGCCGGUGGUGAGGGACUCUGGGUUUAAGCUGAAGAACAGGGUCGUAGCAGACCAUCAGGACAGAGCAGUGAGGGAUGGCAGGAGUCUUUUCACGUGCCUUUGUUCACAGACAGGCAUCCUGAGGCGGCAAGGUCGAUAUAUAUGCUCCACAGUUCCUGUCAAUGCAGAGGAGAGAGCACAGAGCUUAUUUGUUACAGAAUGCAUCAAAACCUACAACUCUGAUUGGCAUCUUGUGACCUAUAAAUAUGAAGAUUACUCAGGAGAGUUUCGACAGCUUCCAAACAAAGCAGCCAAGUUGGAUAAACUUCCAGUUCAUGUCUAUGAAGUUGAUGAGGAGGUCGACAAAGAUGAGGAUGCUGCUUCCCUUGGUUCUCAGAAGGGUGGGAUCACCAAGCAUGGGUGGCUGUACAAAGGCAACAUGAACAGUGCAAUCAGCGUGACCACGAGGUCAUUUAAGAGACGAUUUUUCCACCUGAUUCAACUUGGUGAUGGAUCCUACAAUUUGAAUUUUUACAAAGAUGAAAAGAUCUCCAAGGAACCAAAAGGAUCAAUAUUUUUGGAUUCCUGCAUGGGUGUGGUUCAGGUAAAUGUGAAGAGUUUUAUCAGCAACUUUUUUUAUGAUGAACAAUGUAAAUUGGAAGGUUCUGGUUCCGGUUUAGAUAGCUAUCUGCCUGAACUUGCCAAGCUCUCAGAUGUUUUAAAAACGUUAUUUAAGAAGAGUACCAGAGAAGCAGAAAUCAAACUGAAAAGUGAAAGCAGAGUUAAACUUUUUUACUUGGAUCCAGAUGCCCAGAAGCUUGACUUUUCACCAGCUGAGCCAGAAGUGAAGCCAUUUGAAGAGAAGUUUGGAAAAAGGAUCCUUGUCAAGUGCAAUGACUUAUCUUUCAAUUUGCAAUGCUGUGUUGCUGAAAAUGAAGAAGGACCAACUACAAAUGUAGAGCCUUUCUUUGUUACUCUGUCCCUGUUUGACAUAAAAUACAACCGUAAGAUUUCUGCUGAUUUCCACGUGGACCUGAAUCACCUGUCAGUGCGGCAGAUGCUGGCUCCCACGUCCCCAGCUCUGCUGAAUGGUGGCCAGAGCCCACCUGCCCUUCAGGAUAUCCUUCAUGCAGCCGCCAUGCAGUAUCCAAAGCAGGUGGGGAUCAGGGCCCAGCACGUGUACUGCUCAGACUUACCUUGCACAUGCUGUAGAAAUACAUUAUAA